AUGCCCCGCAUUUAUACAAUCAUUUUUGUGACAACUUUUGAAAAAGUUUUCAGUUCUCUCGCGAAGUCACAGAGAUCGAACGCAGUUUCGCGGCGGGAAACGAUCGCUGCGACGUUAGUUAGCGAAAAGAGGUCGUUCGAGUUUGCCGGCGUCGAGGCGAGAUACGUAGUGCGAGGGUCGAGGGGCGGAGGGGGCGCGAGGCAGCGGAGGGGCGACGCCCGCUCGCCGGCGACUCGGCGCAGCGCGGCGCUCGACGGACGCCGACUGAAGGCGCGGAAUCGAUACGCUUCCGCCGCGUGCCCGCGCCCGCAGUACCUGCUCGCGACACAGGCGCAGACUACUCGCUGGGUGCCAAUUCUGCUAUUUACAAUUGCAUAUCACUGGCGUGUCGCUAGAGUCGAUUAUACCGCUUAA